CUGGGGGGUGAGCGGCUCCUGGGCCAGGGGGCAGCUGAAGGAAGGAGAGAUCUGAGAAAACAUCCUGGCCGUGAUAAGAGCUGGCUGGCUGGAUGCAGACAGAGCCUGAAGCUCUGAGAGGCAGAUGCCAGCGAAGGAUGGCGUGGAGCUGGCACUGCUGCCUCUGAUUAAGCAGUUGGCCUCCUCUAUGGCACACACACCCAGGGCUCCAAAAGGUCUCCAGUGUGGGAUAGGUUCGCAGUGAAACUGAAUUUGGGGCCCUGGUUUUUCCAGUAGCAGAGCCAGACCUGUGUGGAAUCAGGUGGGAGGAAGGGCUGGGCCUCGGGAAAAUGUCUCUGGCGCGAAGUCUGAAAGUGGGUGCUUGAACAUGAGCCCGAGAGGAGUGGGCAGCCCACAAGGUGCCUGGCUCGGUGUUUGAGGUUGCGGGGACACAACAAAGGGCUGAUGCAAGUUCCGCAUUCAAGGAGUUGCCUGUAUAACUGAAAUUUAGACUGGGAGGAAUGCCUCCCAUGUCCUACUUAGAGGGUCAGUGUGUAAUCAGGCUUGGCCUGGGUUAAUCCGGGAAGGCUUCUUGGAGGAGGUGGCAUUUGGGGAGUUAUCAAGAGAGAGCAAGAUUGUGCGUGCCACCUAGGAAAUCCUGAGAAAGCUAAAUUUGGGGAAUGCUGCAUCCCAGGGCUGGGGGCAGAGCCUGCAGCAUUGUAGGUAUAAGAUCCUUGUUCUUCUGCUCUCGGCAGGGCAUGGGGGUCCCUCGGGAGAACGAGAGCUGGGAGUAAUGAUGCACUCUCUACCACAGACAUGGCUAAACCGCCUGCUGCUGCUGGUCUGUCUCCUGGUGAGCAAGGGUGUUACCGAGGAGGCGUCAGAGCGCUGUAGCCACAUGAUUGGAAGCGGACACCUGCAGCUCCUGCAGCAGCUGAUUGACAGUCAGAUGGAGACUUCAUGCCAAAUUGCCUUUGAGUUUGUAGACCAGGAGCAGUUGAAAGAUCCCGUGUGCUACCUUAAGAAGGCAUUUCUCCUAAUGCAAGACAUAAUGGAGGACACCAUGCGCUUCAAAGACAAUACUCCCAAUGCCAAUUUCAUCGUGAAGCUCCAGGAACUCUCUCUGAAUUUAAGAAGCUGCUUUACCAAGGACUAUGAGGAGCAGGACAAGGCCUGUGUACGAACUUUCUAUGAGACACCCCUCCAGUUGCUGGAAAAGAUCAAGAAUGUCUUUAAUGAAACCAAGAACCUCCUUAAAAAGGACUGGAACGUGUUCAGCAAGAACUGCAACAACAGCUUUGCUAAAUGCUCCAGCCAAGAUGUGGUGACCAAGCCUGAUUGCAACUGCCCGUACCCCAAAGCCACCCCUAGCAGUGACCUGGCCUCUGUCUCCCCUCAGCAGCCCCUUGCCCCCUCCAUGGCCCCCAUGGCUGGCUUGACCUCGGCUGACUCUGAGGGGGCAGAGGGCAGCUCCCUCUUGCCCAGUGAGCUGCCCCUUCGCACAGUGGACCUGGACCCGGGCACUGCCAAGCAGCGACCACCCAGGAGCACCUGCCAGAGCUUUGACUUUCCAGAGCCCCCCGGUGUGGAGGCCAGUCCCAUCGGAGAUUCGCCUCAGCCCCAGCCCUCUGUCAGGGUCCCUGUCCCUGGGAUGGAGGACAUGCUUGACUCUGUGUUGGUCACUAACUGGACCCUCGAAGAGGCCUCCGGAGAGGCCAGUGAGGGUCCUGUACCCCAAGGGGCAGAGCUUUCCCCCUCCAGGCCUGGAGGAGACAGCACCCAGGCCAAGACGACUGCCAGGCCCAGUGACCUCUUGUCAGCAUCUUUCCCACUGUCCUACGCAGCCAGGAGCCGGCAGCCAGAGGACAUGACUGGCAAACCCCUGCCCGAGAUGGGCCCUGCGAGACCCACUGGCCAGGCCCAGAGUCACACACCUGAGAAGACAGAGGGUCCAUCUGCCCCGACCACAGACCACCAGGAGCCAGGCUCUGCCAGGACCCCAUCACGGCCUCCACGAAGCCUCAGCAGCCCCUCGGCCCUCUCUGCACAGCUCAGUCCUCCCGGAAGGCACUCCUGGGGCCCCGUGCUGCCCCUCAGGGAGCUGGAGGGCAGAAGGAGCACCAGGGAUCGGAGGAGCCCCACAGAGCUGGAAGGACAAGCAAGUGAGGGGCGCAGGCCCUCAGCCCACUUUAAUUCCAUUCCUUUGACUGACACAGGCCAUGAGAGGCGGCAGGAGGGACCCUCUGACCCUCAGCUCCCAGGGUUUGUCUUCCACCUGCUGGUGCCCAGCAUCAUCCUGGUCCUGCUGGCCGUCGGCGGCCUCCUGUUCUACAGGCGGAGAUGGCGGAGCCAUCGAGAACCUCAGACAGUGGAUUCUCCCCUGGAGCGACCAGAGGGCAGCUGGACGCACAGGACAGUCUCUCCACGGGACGAGACAUCAUGGGGGCGUCCACCACCACCCGUCCACAGCCAUUCUUCUCGAAAUGUGGCCUGCCCACCACAUGAGCUCCUGACCAGAGCAGCGAGACUGGGGUCCCUCUGCCCUCGACCCUCAGACUCUGGACUGACCAGGAGAGAGGGCUGGAGGAUGCCCUCCAAGCUGCUGAUAUUUAUCGUGGGCCCUGGCGGCUCCCGUCCACUGGAGGAAGGCUGGGAAGCUCGGCUGAGGACCCCCUGCGCCUCAGGGGCUGUGUCCUCCUCCUCCUUCCCUCCAAGCCACGCCUGGGCCAGGGACCCAGAUGCCUGUAGGACGUGGGAGAGCAGAGUGGGCACCGAGGAAGGAAAGAGCCCUUGUGCCCAGAGGACUGCCUGGUGCUUAGGGAUGCCAGCACCGACAAGCAGGAACUUGUCUCUAGCGAGAGAAGCAUGAAAUUGGCAGGGCGGGACAGCGUCGCUGGAUUUCCCGUAAAGGUGUGCAGCCCAAGAGACGGGAAGAGAAGGCCUUCGGGCCUGUGGGUAUGCGCUGACGGCCCGGAGGGUGUCUGCACCCUCCGCCUGCCCAAGUGCCCUCUGCUGGCUGCCAGGUAGAGAGGGAUGGUGGAUCCUGCCCUCAGGACUCGUCUGGUUUGGCUCCAAUGCCAAGGGGAAGACCAAGCUCUAGGAUCUGCCCCUGUUUCCCUCUGCCCUGCCAGAGCUUCUCCGGGAGGCUGCGCUGAGGCUCCCCUCAUGAAGGAAGCCAUUGCACUGUGAAUACUGAAGCUGCCUGCUGACCAGCCUGCCCCGUCCAUCCUUGUGAGCGGGCAUCGGUCCAUCCUCCUGCCCCUGCAGCCUCUCGCCAGCUUCCUGCACUGAGUGCCCGAGCCGGCCUUGCCUGUUGACCGAGGGCGCCCCUAAGCCCUGACCGUCCGCUGACCCAGGCUUCGACUCCCCAGGGUGGACGGGGCGGAAGAGUCGCAGGGGCUUGCCAGCCGGAGCAGGCUUCAGGCUGCGUCGUUUGCCCAGGUUCCUGCAUCUUGCACUUUGACAUUCCCAGGAGGGAAGUGACUAGGGAAGGCCAGGCAGGGAGGGCAGAGGCCUACCCAGAGGGAGGCUGCAGGGUGAGCUCCCGCUGAAAAUGGGUCUUUGCAAUUAUGGGUAUACCGCUGAGGUGGGGGGAGGUGUCUGCACCCUGACACACACCCCCCAAUCUGCUUCCCUGUACCAGGCCCCGCCCCCUCAUCGCAGCAGGGCUGUGCUGGGGGGCACCCUGGCUGUCCCUGUGGAAGUCUUGAGGCUGGGCUUGCUCUCCAGCCUCACACAUGGCACCUAGCUCCCAUUCUCUCCCCCACCUUCUCGUGCCCCACCUGGGUAGGCAGUGAUGCCCCCAGCUCUCAUCCCUACACUGUCUCUCUGGCCCAGGCCAGACAAGGCGGGAGAGGGACCGGGCAUCUGCUUCCAAAUCUGUCUUGAGGGUUUCAGUGUCCUGGGCCAGCCCGUGGCCACUGCUCUGAGAACUGGCAGCAGGUGACAGGGUUGCCAAUUGCCCUCGGUCCCUUUGUGCUGCUGCGUCCCUCCUCUCCUGCUGCCCUGGGCCCUCCACUGAGAGACCCCACCCUUCCUGGCCCCUGGGCAGAGGCCCAUGACUCCUUCCUGCCCUCGAAAGUUGGGGUCUGCUGGCCCCCACCAUCCCUGCCCUGCUGCUUUCAGCUGAAGGACGAGCAGUGGGGAACGUGCCCUGUGGGGGCUCUAGUCACAGGCUCCAUAUUUGAUGCUAGAGUGUAUGUAUUUAAAAGUGAAAGGGAAAAAAAAACCACACACAGAAAAAAGGCAUUCCUCCCC